CUCGAAGGAAGGAGCCCAGUGUGAUUUGUGACUGAAAGGAAGAUGAGUGACAGAUCAGUUCAAUCUGCAGGAAAUGAUAACUUGGACAAGAAGACGCUGUUCGUUCGUUCAAUCCCAUUCGAUGCGACUUCAGAACAACUUACAGAUUUCUUCUCGCAGUUUUGUCCAGUGAGACAUGCCGUUGUUGUUAAUGACGCUGAAGGCCAGUCGAGAGGGUUUGGGUUUGUUAGUUUUGCUAUGGAUGAAGAUACCCAGACUGCAUUGGACAAGAGCAGAACAACAAAGUUCCAGGGCCGUAUGUUGAGGGUUGACAUUGCAAAGAGACGAGACCGUAAGGUGAAGAACCAAGAAGAUUCUUCCUCGUCACCUUCCUCUUCGAAAGUUCAGAAGGAACAGGUUGAAAAGAGAAAGCCAAGAUUGAUUAUUCGUAACCUGCCAUGGUCUGUACGUAACCCAGAGCAGUUGAAGAAGAUAUUCUCGAAGUAUGGUGUUGUCACAGAUGCCUUUAUUCCAAGAAAGAAAGGUGGUCAAAUGUCGGGUUUUGCAUUUGUCACAAUGAAGAAAUAUGCCAAUGCUCAAAACGCUAUCAAGGAGUCCGAGGGCCUAAAGAUAGAUGAUAGAGAAGUUGCUGUGGAUUUUGCACUAGAGAAGUCUAAAUGGUUACAAUACAAGGAUGAACACGAUGAAGAUGAAGAUGAAGACGAAGACGGACAAGAAGAAGUCGAUGAAGAAGUCGAAAACGGACAAGAAGAAGUCGAUGAAGAAGUCGAUGAAGGACAAGAAGAAGAGCUCGAGGACAGUGACAACGCUGACGUUGCAAACUCUGAUUCAGAUGAUUCAGAUGUUGAACUUGACUCUGAUGAAGACGUUGAAGAAUCUCAAGAAAAGGAGCUUGAAAAGUCAAGACCCAAGGCAAAUAGACAGGAGAACUUCUCCAUAUUUGUACGUAAUAUUCCUUAUGACACUGAAUCUGAAGACUUGAAGCAACACUUUGAAAAAUUUGGUCCUGUUAAGUAUGCCUUGCCUGUUAUCGACAAGGAAACUGGCUUGGCUAAAGGUACUGCAUUUGUUGCGUUUUAUCAAAAGGAAUCCUAUGAGAAAUGUCUAGCGAAUGCACCAGAGAGUUCUACAACCUCUAUUUUGAUUUCAGAUGAUGUUUCCCCAGACUAUGUCUUUGAAGGACGUAUUUUGUCAAUUUCUCCAACAGUUGAUAGGGAAUCUGCAUCAAGACUCACAGAGAAGAAUGCACAGAAGAGAAUGGAAUUGUUAGGAAAGACUCCGGGUGAAAGAGAUAAGCGUAACUUGUAUCUGUUGAAUGAAGGUAGAAUUACAGAGAACUCCAAACUUGCUUCCAAGUUGUCGAAAUCCGAUUUAGAAUUAAGAGAGAAGUCUUACAAGCUCAGAGUUCAACAUUUAAACAAGAACCCAUCACUCCACCUCUCAUUAACGAGAUUGGCUAUUAGAAACUUACCAAGGGCAAUGAAUGCGAAGGCAUUGAAGGCGUUAGCACGUAAGGCAGUUGUUCAAUUUGCGACAGAGGUUAAGGAUGGUAAGAGACAACCACUUACCAAAGAAGAGGCAAUUAGAUCUCAAAAGGAGAAAGAAAGAUGGCAAGCAGGGGAAGUUGAGUCCAACAGAUCCAAGAAACAAGGUGUUGUUAGACAGGCGAAGAUCAUCAUGGAGGUCAAGGGAUCUGGAGAUGCAGGACGUAGUAGAGGUUAUGGUUUCCUUGAGUUUAGAGACCAUAAAACAGCGUUAAUGGGUCUGAGAUGGUUGAAUGCCCAUGAAGUCACACCAAGUGAAAUCCUUGAAGGUCUUGAUGAUGAGGAGAAGAAGAUUGCAGAAUUAGAGGGUCUUGCAAAGAGGAAGCUCAUUGUUGAAUUUGCGAUUGAGCAUGCCAAUAUCGUGAAGAGAAGAAGGGAAAAGAUGCUUCAUGCUAGAAAGUCUUCAGCUGGUAAGAAACAAGGAAAUACCAAUAAGGGAAUGCAUGUUGGAAAGAAGACCAUUGUUGAAGACAAAGAACCAUCCAAAUCUGGCCUUGACGACGAUACCAAGAAGCUCAUUGGUAUGAAGCGUAAGAGAAGACAACAAAAGAGAGGUAAAUGAGAGAGAAAAGAC